AUAAAGUUUAGUUAUAUAUAAAGUUAUUUGUUUACGUAAUUAUUUUAUGUUUUAUGUACCGGUGAAGGUUAUGAAAUAAGUUUUUUCCCGACUUGGUGUUUAUUGGUUAUGUUUAUAAAGGGAUUUUUACGCGGAAAGUAAAGAAAUUACGUAAACCAUGUCGAGAAUACUGCAUAAUCGCAUCAGAUCAACAGCAUGGUUGCGGAUAGACAAGCGAGCAGUUGCAUUUUCUAUGUGGUCAGAGCGUAGUAUUUUACUUCGCAAGCCCAUAGACACAAGCCAUGUGCAGAAGAGAAGAUACGGUAUGCUUGUAGCAAGAGCACUGCGUGGUGUACUGAAAAUCAGAUAUUUGGUAUUGGGAGGUGCUGUUGGAGGAGGCAUGACACUCAACAAGAAAUACUCAGAAUGGAAAGAUGGCCUCCCGGACAUGGGGUGGCUGAAUGAAUUACUGCCAGACAAUGAGCAAUGGGACAGAUUUACCACCACACUUAUUUCUGCCAAAGACAAGAUUGGUGACAACUUACAGAUAGGUGUCCCACUGACGCUGUCGGUGACCGUAGAUCCGCAGCUGCGCGACGCGGGCCUGCAGCGCGCGCUGCAGCUGCGCGAGUGGCUGGCGCAGCGCUACGACGACGCCGUGGCCGCGGCCGCCGCCGGCAAUGUAGCGCAUAUCGAUUCGUCAACAAAUAUAGUUAACAAUUUGCAGAGCAAGCCACCGCCGCAGAACAACAGAGGCUCCGGGGAUGAUGCGCAUGUAUACGAGAAGCGCGUGCACGCGCUGCAGGAGGAAGUGCUGGCGCUGCAGGCGCGCUACCAGCGGGAGCUGCAGCGCCUGGAGCAGGAGAACCGCGAGCUGCGCCAGCAGAACAUGCUGCUGCGGCAGGGGCGGCAGCCGCCGGCGCGCAAGAUGAAGCGCUCGCUGAUCGACAUGUACUCGGCCGUGCUGGACGAGCUGGCGGGCUGGGAGGCGGGCCCGGGCGAGGCCGACCGCCUGCCGCGCGUCGUGGUGGUGGGCGACCAGUCGGCCGGCAAGACCUCGGUGCUGGAGAUGGUGGCGCAGGCGCGCAUCUUCCCGCGCGGCGCCGGCGAGAUGUGCACCAGGGCGCCCGUCAAGGUCACGCUGUCCGAGGGGCCCUACCACGUGGCGCAGUUCCGGGACUCCGCCAGGGAGUUCGACCUCAACAAGGAAUCCGACUUGGCCGAUUUGAGGAAAGAAGUGGAGAUGCGCAUGCGCAACAGCGUCCGCGGCGGCCGAACCGUGUCCACCGAGGUGAUCUCCAUGUCGGUGAAGGGCCCCGGAAUACACCGAAUGGUUUUGGUCGAUCUUCCUGGUGUUAUUUCCACUCAAACAGUGGACAUGGCGGCGGACACACGAGAUGCAAUAAGACAAAUGUCUAAGCAAUACAUGGAGAAUCCCAACGCCAUCAUUCUUUGCAUACAGGACGGAUCGGUCGACGCGGAGCGCAGCAACGUUACGGACCUGGUGUCGGCCUGCGACCCCCAGGGGAAGAGGACCAUCUUCGUCCUCACCAAGGUGGACUUGGCUGAAGAGAACCUUACGAAUCCCAAUCGGAUCCGGCGCAUCCUGGAGGGCAAGCUGUUCCCCAUGAAGGCGCUGGGCUACUACGCCGUGGUGACGGGCCGCAGCCGCAAGGACGACUCCAUCCAGAGCAUCCGCGAGUACGAGGAGCGCUUCUUCCGCGGCUCGCGCCUGGUGAAGGACGGGCUGGUGACGCCGGCGCAGGUCACGACGCGCAACCUGUCGCUGGCCGUGGCCGACUGCUUCUGGCGCAUGGUGCGCGCCUCGGUGGAGCAGCAGGCCGACGCCUUCAAGGCCAUGCGCUUCAACCUGGAGACGGAGUGGAAGAACACCUUCCCCAGGCAGCGCGAGCUGGACCGCGACGAGCUGUUCGAGCGCGCGCGCGCCGAGCUGCUGGACCAGUCGGCCGAGCUGUCGGCCGUGCCGGCGCCCGCCUGGGAGGCGCGGCUGCAGGCGGCGCUGUGGGCCGCGGCCCAAGACAAGGUGUUCGGCGGCAUCUACCUGCCCGCCGCGGCGCAGGCGCACGACGACGUGGACAAGUUCAACACCUCCGUGGACAUAAAGCUGCGCGAGUGGGCGGAGACGGAGCUGCCGCUGCAGUCCAUCCACGCGGGCCGCGAGGCGCUGCGGGAGGAGUUCAGCGAGCUGAUGGCGAAGGCCUCGGAGACCGACCCGGAGUACGAGCCCGUGAAGAAGGAGGCGAUGGCGGAGGCGCUGCGGAGGCACCGCUGGGAGGAGCGCGCGCAGGACGUGCUGCGCGUGCUGCAGCUGAACGCGCUGCAGGACCGCUGCGUGGCGUCGCGCGCCGACUGGGACGGCGCCGUGCAGCUCAUGGACGCGGCGCUCAAGCAGCGCCUGGCGCAGGUGGACGCCGACCUCCGCGCGCUCACGGGUCCCGGGUUCCGGGAGCGCUGGCUGUACUGGCAGUCCACGUCCGAGGAGCAGCAGCGCCGCGCCGAGGUGCGCAACGAGCUGGAACGCCUGGGCUCCAGCAGGCCCGCGCUGUCCUACGACGAGGUGGUGGCCGUGCGGGACAACCUGCGCCGGAAGGGCUUCGACGUCGACAACGACUACAUCCGGGACACCUGGAAGCCGGUUUAUUUGAAAAAUUUCCUGCAGCGAGCACAAACACGAGCACGGGACUGCAAAAAGAGUUUCUAUCUCUACAGCCAACAAAACGGAAACGGCAAGGAGUGCUGCGAAGUGGUGAUGUUCUGGCGCGUGCAGCAGACGCUGCGCACCACGGCCAACGCGCUGCGGCAGCAGAUCGGCAACCGCGAGGCGGCCAGGCUCGACAGGGAGCUGCGGGAAGUCCUGGACGAGAUGUCUGCGGACCCAGAAUUAAAAAAGAAACUACUAUCGGGCAGAAGAGUAGAAUUAGCCGAAGAACUCAAACGUGUACGACAAGUUCAAGAAAAACUAGAAGAGUUUAUUGAAGCAUUAAACAAAGAGAAAUAGAUAGUAAACCACAGUCGUAUUGUUACUUAUCUACAAUCUGAUACUGAGAAAAAAAUUUACGCUAUAUAUUUGUCGAAUUAUUUUGUCAGCGUGACGCGAACUUGUAAAUGUUUUCGACUGUAUCCGAUCGGUCUUGUGUGUUUGUGUCUUAGGAUGAGAAAGAUUGCUACAUGUUUGAGAUAUGACACAAUUUUACCUAAUGAAAUGCUUUGGCCCUUUCAGGGCGUCGUAAAGGUCAAGUACCGGUGGUCCGAUGACGUCAUCAGCCUGUUAUUUUGAGAUAAAAAAGAUAGCUACUGUUUUAUAUCGUUUAGAUUGCAUGUAUACAGGAUUUUUAAGAUUUUUUUUACCACUAACUUUCAUUUGAGAGAUUAUAAGGUGUCAUCGAUGUACACGUCAUUUUGACACUAUUGCGUUAUGCGAGUGCUGUGACCGCCUCAAGUUUUGCAGCGAGACCCAUAUUCAUUGCUUGGUUUGUGAAGGUCUCCUAAACAAUUUUACGAGGCUAUGAAUAAAUGCUGAUGACGUCAUCGGACUUUGCCCUAUUAAAGCGGUCUCAUGCGCGUUUACCUUAAUGCGUUUAUUAUAAUUUAUUAUUCUAUAUGAACUAGUCUCUACAUGUUGAUGAAACAAUUUUUGUUACAUAUUUUUUCUAGUUUCCAUUUUAGUAGAUCUCGGUAAUUGGUGUUAAAAGUUGUCAUGAAGACAGUAGACCCUUUCAGCAAUAAUUUUGUGGACCCAUUAGAACAAAUGUAAAAUGAAAUAAAUUGUACAGAUACCACAAAAUUUCAUCGAAUCUUUUGUGGAUUUACAUUCUUGUAGAUAGAGAUUUAAAUUUUUUUCAAACAAAACCACAACGCCGAUUGGUAUAAAAAAGUGAACCUGUACAUUGUAGUGUUUAACUUAACCAAAAGUAUUUAUGUAUAGCUACAAAAUGCACUUCACUACGUUGUAUUAUUUUGUUACUAUUUAACUGCUUGAUCUAAGUUAUCUUUUAAUAAAAC